GCGGUGGGCGUUUCCUCAUUCCUCUACGUGCGAGCAAAACGCGACGCGACGCGAAAGAGAGUCCGGAGCGAUUCAGCAGAAAACAGAAGUCUGAUCCGCGAUGCCCUACAUCCUCAUCAGCACACAGAUCCGCCUGGAGACAGGACCCACUAUGGUUGGAGACGAGUAUUCAGAUCCCUCCAUCAUGAAUUAUCUCGGAGCCCGAAAAAUCACCGUACUGGGAAACAACUUCUCUGAAUAUCACGUGGACGAGCCGCCGAGACUGGUUUUAGACAAACUGGAUAAGAUCGGCUACAGAGUGGUCAGUAUGACAGGAGUGGGUCAAACGCUGGUCUGGUGUCUGCAUAAAGAGAGCAGUAACACCCUGUGAAUGCAGACAGGUAAACACGGUAAAACACGACCAUUGAAGAAUCCAGCGCACAGUCAGAUUUCAUAUAGGAAGAGAAUUUCCAAACGUGUGCAGCAUCUGAACUCUGUCUGAAACAGCAAUACUUCCUCUCAUUCCUGAUUUCUGAAUUAAUUUUUGCACUUUUAACACAGUUUUGUGAUUGUAAUAUAAUAGUUGAUUGAGUAAAAAGGUAGUAAAAUGUCUCUUUAUACAUCUGAAAUAAACGAUUUCUAUGUAGUAUUUGUUUUGCUCUGUGUGAUAUUUUGAAAGCUAUGUCGUGCAUCAGUCUUACGUUUGUUGUAAACUUUGUGUUUGUUGUAGAUCUUGUCGUUUAUUUUGGGUUUCUGUGAUUAAAAAUAUUAUUAAAUAAAGUAUAAUCUGUUCUAAAGUA